AUGCGUGUCAUUCUCGCUUGCGUUUUUCUUCUGACAUUUUGUCUUCAGGAUGUCACGGCUCAAUCAUGGUUAGUUCUCACAUAAUAUUCAUUCUGUCCAUAGGUAGAAAGGACCCGAUGACCUAAUUUGCUCCAGGAAUUUCCUCCGCUUCUACACGCCUUCAAAUUCCGUGGGAUUCACAUCGGUAUAUCUCUUCCCAGCCAGCAACCAGAGUUGCAAGCUGAUACAAAGAAUUAGUUAUCAGGUGAUAUGAUCGUUCCAGCAGCACCAAAUCCAAACCGUGGGACACCCUACCUGUAAGCUACCUAUUGCCAUGUAGAAGACAGUAGAAACUUACGAAAUAUCCGUAGCUGGCCAGGACUUCAAGAUAUUUCAAUAACAGGCGUCUUCCAAUCUGUCCUAGACGGUCGGAGUAAUAACCCAAACUACAUCGCUGGCCAAUGGUACAUGGCCAACGGAUGGUGUUGCGAGAACCCAAGUCUUCCAUGGGGGCCAGGUGGAUUUCACGGGAAGAAAGGAGAUUCUAUUCAUUUCACCUACAAUCGUUCUACAACAACACCCAACUGGGACACAACUUUAGUACUCAACAACCAGCCUUCGACAAAAGUCGUUGAUUCCUUUCCGCUCGCGUAUAAGAGCUUCAAUCAGGUCUUAUUCGCGAUCGAGCUCUACGAUCAAGCAUGGAACUUUGGCAGUUUGGUUUUCAAAAAUGUGGUUAUCACGACGAACAGUACUGAUACGUCGUGGUGUACAAAGUAA